CACAAGAAAGGUCACUACCACCUACAACGGCUAAAGUAGGGGCCCGGUCGAUAGCUCCUGUGGUUGUCGCUUGCACUAUAUUGUCAUUAUGGUUCACGAUAAAAUUGAAAAUGUUUUGCAAGAUACUGUUCAAGUUUUGACGAGGGCCAUCGAUACUCUGAAGGCCAAUAAGGACGAGGUGGUUCAGCGGUUACAUGAUCCAGAUAACUUACCAGAAAGUUGUUUGAAUGAGCUCUCAAUUAGAGCCAAUGAUUUAGCGCACGAAUUGCGGCUGCUGCUCGAGCCUCGGCCUGUCCUAAUCGCAAAUUACUUUCUCGGAUCCGCAAACUGCAAGUGUCUCAAUGCCGCCGUUGAGCUGGCAGUGGCCGAUAUACUGGGUCGGGAUUCGAUGACACUGGCAGACCUGGCCAAGGCAUGCGGUGCGAACGAAAUUCGACUGAAGCAGAUUAUGCGGGUGUUACAUAAUGAUGGAAUCUUCGAAUUUCAUGCGGCAUCGAGCAGCUACAGCAAUAACGCCUGUUCGCUCCUCCUACAAAAGAAACACUGGACGAAGUGGUGGUAUUGGGUGGAUCUGUACGGGAACGAGUUCUAUGAGAUGGCUCGAGGAAUCCCGGCUGCUUGUCGACAAGGCGAGAAGCGCAUGCCAUCUCAGAUCGCAUUUGAUACCGAUAUGAGCAUGUUUAGCUGGUUUGCGGCUCAGGGCUCGCUGCAUCGCGUUCACCGCACCCUAGGAGGGGGUGCCAUUGCGCAGGCACCCGGAAUUCUGCAGGACUACCCGUGGGAAGAAGUCAUCGACGGAAAGACAACAAUCAUAGAUAUAGGUGGUGGUGGUGGUGGCUUGGUUGCGACUCUGUGUCGAGCGUUCCCUGACCUUCACGGAGGCAUCUUCGACCGACCGGAGGUCAUCCAGCAUGCGGUUGAAAACUUUCAUAGUCCUCAAGGAAUCUAUCAAGAUAUCGGACACCGAGUGGCACGCACAGAUUUACGCGGAGGGGACUUCUUUCAGGGUGUCCCCAGGUAUGAAAUCUAUACGAUGAAAUGGUGUUUGCAUGAUUGGGGUGACGAAGAGGCUGUCCAAGUCUUAUCAAAUAUCCGCAAGGCGAUCAUUCCGGGCCCUCGGUCGCGCCUCAUUUUAUUUGAAAUCCUCUUGCGAGAGGGUCGGUCUGGCCACCUUGCCCGUAUGGCAGAUUUGUCGGUGUUUAUGGCGGCGAAUGGACGGGAGCGAGACAAGGCUGAAUGGUGCUCCUUGGCUUUGAAAAGCGGAUGGAGCAUUCGAAAGGUUUACAAUCUUCGCAGAGCUUGGCCUAGCGCUAUGGAAUUGGUUCCUGUCUAG